AUGAUUGCCAGCAACAAUGACAGUGCAGUGACUGGUUUGAAAGAUUUACUAAAGUCAGAGUUUAAGAUUAAAGAUGUUGGUCCUGCUAGAUUUUUUUUUGGUUUAGAAAUUUCAGGAUCAUUAGCAGAUAUCUCAGUGUGUGAGAGGAAAUAUGCUCAAAACUUAUUGGAGGAUGCAUGUUUACUUGGCUGCAAACCAAGUUCUAUUCCAAUGGAUCAUAACUUGCAUCUUACCAAGAUAUGGGCACGGCACUGGAGAAUCCACGGUCUUACCGAGAGCUCAUUGGCAGCAUAUAAGGUUCUCCGGUAUAUUAAAGCUAAUCCAGGACAGGGAUUAAUGUAUUCGGCUGACUCUGAGCUUUGUUUGAAUGCCUUUUGUGAUGCUGAUUGGGCGAAUUGCAAGGAUACUAGAUGCUAUGUUACUGGUUUCUGCGUCUAUUUGGGCACUUCUCUCAUAUCCUGGAAAUCCAAGAACCAAGGCGUGACUAGCAGAAGUAGCACAGAGUCCGAAUAUCGCAGCAUGGCACAAGCAACUUGUGAGAUCAUUUGGCUACAACAAUUAUUGAGGUAUCUUCACAUUCAGGUUACUUGUCCAGCUAAGUUGUUUUAUGAUAACAAAUCGGCUUUACAUAUCGCAAUGAAUCCAAUGUUCCAUGAACGUAUGAAGCACAUAGAGAUUGACUGUCACACUGUUUGCGAUCAAAUCAAAGCUGGGAAGUUAAAGGCAUUGCAUGUUUCUUCGGAGAAUCAACACGAUGAUAUUCUAACCAAACCACUACAUCCUGGUCCUUUCCAUCAUUUGCUUCAGAGAAUGUCAUUGUCAAGUUUAUAUCUUCCUCCGCUUCGAGGAUAA